AUGAGCGAACAAAACAAGGAACCCGAGGUCUUGUUUUCAGUAGAGAACCAUGUUGCUACACUCACACUGAACCGACCACGCAAAGGAAACGCACUCACAGCUACCAUGAAUGCACUUUUGCUCCAGUAUCUCGCUCAAAUCGAAAAGGACUCAGAUGUUCGUGUUGUUGUAUUAACAGGCGCUGGGAAAUUCUUUUGUACUGGCAUGGAUCUAUCCAUGGCAGCUACCAGCUCGUCAUCAGCACAAGAUGUCAAGGCUUCAUUCACCAACGGACUGCAAGUAUUUGAGACACUGUAUCGUUUUCCCAAGCCAGUGAUUGCACGUGUCAAUGGUCCUUGUCUGGGUGGCGGUGUGGGUCUAGUGUUUACAACAGAUAUUCGUGUGGCGCAUCAAGACGUCUACUUUGCAUUAACAGAAGUCAAGCGUGGCAUCAUUCCUGCCAUUAUCUCUCAGUACAUUGUGCCUGAAUUGGGAUCUCAAAAGACACGCGAGUACAUGCUGACAGGCAGACGAGUCUCGGCCAAAGAAGCACACCCCUUCCUCAGCACUGUUGCCACUACACCCCAAGAGCUGGAUCAGCAAGUGCUUUACUAUGCCAACAUGUUGCUGGAAUCAGCCCCUGGUGCCAUGACCAAUAUCAAGCGUUUGGUGGAUAUAGUGAGUUCAGGCGGAGAAGCACAGAGAGCAAGCCGCAUCAGAGAUGGCGUAGAAAAGGCCUAUGUGGAGAUGAUGCAGUCUGAAGAAGCGGCUUAUGGUAUCAUGGCAUUUGUGACAAAACAAAAGGCAGAUUGGUCUGCUUUUGUCAAGGACAAUGCCAAAUUAUAA